AUGGGGCGCGCGCGACGCCUGCGUCAGCACCGACGAUGGUUCAGCGCUCCUCGACAGCAGCCGCAGGAGAUCGCGGCGGUCUUCGGCCAGCUGUGGUCAGAGGAGUUCGCGACGCUUUGGCCGACUGGGGCUGUGAAUGUGUUUGCCAACCCUUGCGCGCCGAGGUUUGUCGGCGACGUCGAGGCGCUGCUGCGGGCGACGGAGGCCGAGGAUCUACGGGGCGCCCUCCGCACUGCCGACGGUGAGCUGAGCGUGGUGGCCCUGUUUUCGGGCGACGACGUUCGAGAGCAGCACCUCGCCGUCCACCCUGGCGCGCUGAGUGUUCAGGCGAGGUUGAGCGGCGUCGUCCGGCACGGCGGAGGGGCGCCGAGGCAGCUGCCAGGGCAGGCGGGCUUCGCCGCUGGGAGGGCGCGCGCGAUCGAAGCGCAGAAGCUGCGCGAUCUCGACUCCGAGAACCCGAAGGUCAACGAAGCUCCGUUGCUGGCCAUGUGCCCCGCCAGUGUCCUGGUUUUCCUGAUCGCCCUAGGGCCGUCGCAGCAGCUGGAGACCAGAGUCCGCAAACAGGAGCGGUGGGCCGAAGCUGCAGCGAAGUCUGAGAACCUGUCGAUGAGCGAGCCCGCGGCGCUGGGGAGGCAGCGAAGAGCCGCGGCCCCGCACGCCGCACCGCCCCCGUCCCCGCGGCGGGGCCUCACGGACUGCACGCGGCGCAAGCUCGUGCUGCCGGGCGACCUCCUGCGGCGCCUGCUGCGGGAGCGCAGGCUCCCCCUGGAGGACCUCCUGGGCGCCGAGGGCCUCGACGGGUGCGGGCGCUGGGCCGAGGAGGGCGGCGUCGACCACCGCGCAGGGCGUCGGACCCAUGGUGCUCGCAUGAUCAAGGGCCCGGGGGUGCCGAGGACAUCGGGGAUCGAGGCGCCUGGAGCGGUGGCUGGCAGGCGCGAGGGGCGCCCGCCGCAGACCCGCUGCCGCGGAGCUGGAGCGGCCGCGCUGCCGCCAGCCAUGACGCCUGGACCGCCGGCGCCGACGCUCCGCCCGCCGUGGAUUCACUGCUGGCUGCAGAUCCCUGGGCGGACGCAGCUGCGGAGCUUCCGCGCCGCAGGUCGCCGGAAGCAAUAUAUCGCGGAGCAUAUCCCUGAGCUGAUUCAGAUUCAGGUCGUUCUUUCGUUUAAGUACUUGGAUAUGGUGAUCGGCUGCUCUGCUCACGAAUGCCACUGGCGGAAGCCGGUUGCCAAGUUUGCUCCCCAAGUGAGAGAGGUGCGCCAGCUUGGGUUCAGUCUCGCUAAGAAUAUCCCGACGUUCAACAUCCUCUGUCUUAGCAUUCUGUCCUUCGUCAUGCAGUUCGCCCCUUUCUCACGUGAUGUAUGCGCGGCGUAUGAGAAUGUCCUGCAGCUUCUCGCUGUCGAUCCGCGACUCAGUUUUAACUAUGAGAUGUUGACGAACCUUGCCUCCCUGGGCUUUCCUGGUAAGUUUAAACAUGUGGAAGCUGUGUCUUUGGCUGCCAAGUUCUGGCUAGUGUCGCGGUGUUCGGAAAUUCUGGGGACCCUAGAGGACCUAGGCGCCCCGCCGCCCCGUGCGGCCGAGGAGGCAGAGGGAGUAGCUGGAGAAUCUGCCGCCGGCGCCGCCGCGGCGGUUGGGUUGGCAGGCUCCGCGCAGCUGCCCGCCAGCGCCGCGGCCCAGUCCAGCCCGGUCACGCGCAUCGUGGAGCUGCUCAAGGGCCUCAAGGAGCAGUGCGAGCUGGACGCGAAGACCGACGAGAUUUUGUACGAGAAGUUUGUGUGCUGGGGCCGAGAGGUCCUCAAGCAGAAGAAGGCCACGAACGCCCUUGCCACCAAGGAGGUCGCCGAGCUGACCCAGUACAUCGCGGACCUGGACGCCGGACGCAUCGAGCUCACCACCGAGCGCGAGGAUCUCGUCAAGGAGCGGCCGCCUGCUCACCUGCCGCCACCGCCGCACCUCGGCCGAGGAGAAGGCCGACUUCGAGAACGCCGAAGCGGAGAUGACCCAGGCCAUCGAGGCGCUCUCCAAGGCCGCCGAGGUCCUGAAGACUGCCACCGAGGCCGCCAAGCAAGACUUGGGGCCUGGGAUUGGCACGGCCCGGCUCGGUGCUGGCGCACGGGUCGGCGCGCCGAGGAGACCGCGAUGCUGAACCACGCCGUCGAGCUCGGCGACCGCUUCCUCGGCAAGGGCGACGCCCUCUUCCUGCGCCGCCUGCUCACUGGCGAGGUGCCGACGUGGGAUUGGAAGAAGCUGAACCGUAAGGCCACCUUCAAGAUGAGCUACAAGGCCCGAUCUUCUGAGAUCCAGGACGUCAUCGCCAAGCUCCUGCAGACCUUCGAGACCAACAAGGCGGACGCCAUCGAGAAGGAGGAGAAGGCCGUGGCGGCCCACGAUGCCCUCAUGGAGUCCCUGAACUCCGAGCGCGGCCUGACCCAGGAGGCCCUCACCAAGAUGGAGAAGGAGAACGGCGCCAAGUCCCUCUCGAGGACCGAGGCGCAGGGCCGCAUCGACUUCCUCAACGAGCAGAUCGCAAACGACGAGAAGUACAUUUCGCAGGUCACGACCGAGCUCGCCGAGAAGAAGGCGGAGUGGGAGGAGCGCUCCCGGGUCCGCUACGGCGAGAUCGGGGCGAUCAGCAAGGCCAUCGAGAUCCUGCACAACGACGGCGCCCGCGACCUGUUCAAGAAGUCCCUGUCGUCUCAGGGCUACUUCUUCCUGCAGACGGGCCAGCACUCGACCAUGCACGACGCCUCUGACGCGCUCCGCUCGCUGGCGAGGAGGACCAGCGAUCCGCGCAUCCUGGGGCUGGUGACCCAGAUGCAGCUGGCGCCGGCAUUCGGCAGCCUAGCGGACCGCUUCACGCCCAUCAUCGAGAAGAUCGACUCGCUGGUGACGAUGAUCGGGGAGGAAGAGGCGUCCGAUCUGGCGAAGAAGGAGAGCUGCGAACAGACUCGCGCGUCUAACACGCGCGAGGCCAUCAAGCUCUCCAGGGCGAUCGACGAGGACUCCGACACCAUGAGCCGGCUGACAUCGGAGAUCGAGCAGCUGGAUCAGCAGAUCACGGAGAACAACGAGGCGAUCGAGGUGCUCGAGACGCAGAUGACGUCGGCGGGCGAGCAGCGCGCCGCCGAAAACAAGGCGUACCUCUCGGACAAGGCGGACGACGAGGGGGCCGCUUCCACGGUGCAGGCCGCGUACGACGUGCUCGAGACGUUCUACAGGGAAGAGGGGCUGAUGCUCGUGCAGAAGAAGUCCCGCGCGCCGGUCGUCGUGGCGGCGGGCAAGGCGCCCCCGCCCCCGCCGACCACGUGGGACUCGCCGUAUGCGGGCAAGACCGCGGAGAGCACGGGCGUGCUGGCCAUCCUGUCCAUGAUCAAGGAGGACAUCGAACGUGACAUCUCGAACGCCGACGCAGCCGAGGCGAAGGCCCUGGCAAGUUACACGAAGCUCAUGGAGGAUCUGAACAAGGAGAAAGGGAUGCGCGUCGAGGAGAACGCUGCCAUGGAAACGCAGAAGGCCGGCAAGCAGGGCGAGCACACCCAGACCGAGGGGGCGCGCGCCACGAAGAAGACCGGCCUCGACUCGGUGUUGGCGGGCAUCGCUGGACUGGAGCCCAGCUGCAACUACUUCACGAUCAACUUCCCGGUGCGAGUGAAGAACCGCCAGAUCGAGGUCGACGGGCUGCUCAAGGCCAAGGCCAUCCUGACCGGCGCCGACUUCGACCCCAAGAAGGAGCAAGCGGCCGCCGAGUGGAAAGACGUCCCGGUGAUCCUGCGCCCGAAGGAGUUCCAGCUCCGGCAGCUGAAGGCCGCCACGGUGAGCAGGCACCCGUGAGGCCGUCCCGGGGCGCAGCUAGACCCGGGAUGGUGGGGUGGGUUCCGCCUCCCCCCCUCGGGAUCCCGCAAAGAGGGUUAGGAUGGGAUGAAGGGCUCCAGCAUCCGAGGUCGCACGAGCGGUGUUCUGCGCAGCUCCGAGCAGCGC